AUGGGCUCUGUGUCAAACCAGCAGUUCGCAGGUGGCUGCGCCAAGGCGCCGGAGGAGGCGCCGGAGGACGCCGCCCGGGCGGCCGAGGAGCCGCAGCUGCUGCACGGUGCCGGCAUCUGUAAGUGGUUCAACGUGCGCAUGGGGUUCGGCUUCCUGUCCAUGACCGCCCGCGCCGGGGUCGCGCUUGACCCCCCAGUGGAUGUCUUUGUGCACCAGAGCAAGCUGCACAUGGAGGGCUUCCGGAGCCUCAAGGAGGGCGAGGCCGUGGAGUUCACCUUUAAGAAGUCUGCUAAGGGCCUGGAAUCUAUCCGCGUCACGGGCCCCGGUGGGGUGUUCUGUAUUGGGAGCGAGAGGCGGCCCAAAGGGAAGAACAUGCAGAAGCGCAGAUCAAAGGGAGACAGGUGCUACAACUGUGGAGGUCUAGACCACCAUGCCAAGGAAUGCAAGCUGCCACCCCAGCCUAAGAAGUGCCACUUCUGCCAGAGCAUCAGCCACAUGGUGGCCUCGUGUCCACUGAAAGCCCAGCAGGCCCCCAGCUCACAGGGAAAGCCAGCCUACUUUCGGGAGGAAGAAGAAGAAGAGAUCCAUAGCCCUGCCCUGCUCCCAGAGGCCCAGAAUUGAGCUACAGUGGGUGGGGGCUAUGCUUUUGUGAUCAGGAAGUUUUGAGGAGCAGGCAUCAAUCGGCAGAGUGGAGAAAGUGGGGACAGGGUGGGUAGGGGGCAGCUGGCGCUGCCAUGUGUCUCAGGCCGGGGUCCACAGCAUCACCCCCUCUCCCUUCUUGGCAGGGUAGGGGGAAGGGGUGAGGCAAAUGAACUCCAACCAUGCUCUAUCCAAAUGCUUGUGAGCGUGUUCUGGGGAAAAUCUCUCCCUGUGUGCUUUAGCUGAG